AUGGAAGUGGCAAACGUAAACUCUCAGAAGAAGAAUAUGGGGAGACGGAAGAUCGAAAUAAGAAAAAUUGAGAAGAAAAGCUUCUUGGAGGUCACAUUUUCUAAGUGUCAAACUGGUCUCUUCAAGAAGGUUGGGAAGCUCUGCGUUCUAUGCGGUGCUGAGGCCGUCGUCAUCGUCUUCUCUUUGGGCGGGAGGGCCUUCGUCUUUGAUCACCCCAUCGUGAAAGCUGUCAUUGAUCACUUCCUCAAGUGCGACACCGACACCAGCUCAUGUACGAUGCCAAUUGUUGAUGCAAGGUCAAUUGGAGUCAGAUCCUCCUUACGCUAUGCCUCUCAUAGCUUCUGGCCAACGAUCGGGGAACUGGGUGAGCUUCUGCCCUGCACAAAGGAUGUCCGGACAGGUGGUCCAGGCACGCCCCUCCGAAACUUAAGUUAG